UUUUGCUAAGGCGAAUUUAUCAAUCCGUUAAUUUGCCUUGCCAUCUGCAUUCUGCUGUCAAAGUGCCCGCCAAAGUAAUCUAUAAGUUUGAUUACCUUUUUAUUAAAUUGGUAUUAUUGUAAAUAUUAACCAAACCAAAAUAAAAUAUUGAAAGCAGAUAGCAUGGAUUUUCGGAGAAAAUCGCGGGCGCGAACUGUUCGAAAACCAGAAUUCGAAAAUCUUGAAAUACAAUAUCCACAUAAUGUUGCACUAUACCGAAUGCCACCAACUGAAGACAUCAAAAUUCACGAAUUUGAGGAAUUGGCACUUGAACGCCUUAAAGUGUUACGUAUUUUUGAACAGGCAAGCUCUAAAAGUUUACGAUUCUUAUCAGAUGAAUGGAAAGAUUUUGUUAAUGCAGAGCUGAGUCGUGAAGGCUUAAAAGGAUAUCUGCGUCUUUGUACAAACAGUAGUGCAAAUCCAUCAACUGAUAACACAAAGUAUGAGCAUGAAUUACAAGCUAGGCGUCGUGAUUACAUAUCACAUUUCAUUCUGCGAUUAGCGUAUUGUCGAACAGAGGAACUGAAACGUUGGUUUGUUACCCGAGAAAUGGAGUUGUUCAAAUAUAAGUUUUCAUCAAUGAGUUCCGCUGACAUCAAACAUUUCCUUGAAUUGAAUAAAUUAGAGUAUUCACCACUAAGCGAGGCGCAGAAGGAUUCUGUUAAAGAUGGUCUAUACGAAAGUACUGUUGGUCAGAGCAUAUCUAAAAUUGAAUUGCUCGAUUUUUACAAGGUACAUUUCACACAAGUGCUGGACUUAGUGCGUUCGCGACGUUGUUAUUUGAAUGGUGGAUUCGCAUAUGUCAAUACACAUGACUUUGUUUCUAUCAUUGCCGUACUUCAGCUUAAUGAAAUAGAACACGGUCUACAAUCAGCACAGAAACUCAUACGAGAAGUUGAAGCAGAUGAACGCAUAUUCCAUUUGUUGAAGUCGCUGCAUACUUCUUACACCGGAAAGGAUUAUGCCCUUAGCAAACAGGGUAACGUACCUCCGGAAUCCCUAGACCAGCUUUCAAAAAAAUCAUUUCCCAUCUGCAUGCGCAACUGCCACGAAUAUUUGCGUUCGAAUCAUCAUCUAAAGCAUGGUGGACGCAUGCAAUAUGGUCUGUUUCUUAAAGGUAUUGGUGUAUCAUUGGAAGACUCUCUCCGUUUUUUCCGUGAAGAAUUUACAAAGAAAAUCGACGCUGAGCAAUUUGCAAAGCGUUAUGAAUACAACAUUUAUCACAAUUACGGUAAAAAAGGGUCAAUGAUCAGCUAUACACCAUACUCAUGUCUGAAGAUAAUUCAGGAAAACCCUGUACAAGAUGAUUGUCGCGGAUGUCCUUAUAAAACAAGUGAUACAAGUGCUUUGAAAGUGAAGCUGGCUUCGUAUGGUUUAUCCUCGACACAUGUUCAAGAGGUUAUUAAUUAUGUGACCAAAGGUCACUAUCAACUUGCGUGUGGAAAGUAUUUUCAAAUAAUGCAUGAAAGUCCCGUUGAGCUGGGUGUCCACCAUCCAAAUCAAUAUUUUGAAGAAAGUCAAAAUCUGAUGGGAAAUCGUACAGCUAAGAAAGCAGCGAACAUAUCACAGCGCAAACCUUUAAAACGUGGAGCUAGCGACAAUUCAAAAACGUUGGACGCCGAUGAAGAUGAUGAGUUGUGGAACAUAGCUGAAACACAAGAAAGUACAUACAACAGCCAACAAGCGGAGAAAAGUGCUUGGGACGAAGACCUUGAUCUUACAGCUAUAGAUUGUUAAUCUACCAAUGUUUUUAAUCUAAAUAGUAGUAAUUAUAAUUCGAAUUCGGUUUAAAUAUAUGAAAGAAUCGCUGAAAAC